AGUGUUAGAAGAUUGUUGCUUGCAUAGCAUGUGGGGUGGGAAAGGGACUGAGAGAUCAGGAUCAUGUAUUAAAUAGCAUUGAAAAUUCUGGUUCCUGUGUGUAUGUAUUGAUAAAUACAAUGUGUAGUGAUUGUGUAGUUUUUGCUGGCAUAGGAUUAGAAAGUAAAUGAAUGUUAAGACAUUCAAAGAAGAGCAUAGAAAAACUUAAUUCUCUUUCAUGUUAUCUCAGGAAGAAAAUAAAGUAAAAGUUGGAACUAUUAAUUCUGUAGUUAUUUUUAAGAACUGUUACUGGAAAGUUGUCUUAUUCUAAAGUUGGAUGUGUUUUUUUUUUUCUUGCUUUGUUUUUCUUCCAACAGCAGAUCUGGAAUGGACAGGAGUCCUCUGGGAGGAUUAAACUUGUCUGAACAUACUCCUAGUCUGCUAGGGAGUAACACCAUGGCAACAGGUCUUGCAAAUGUAGGAAAUACAUUUGGAGGGCCACCAAGUUCUUUAGUUUCUAGACCUAAUAAAUUCCAAAACUCACCUAUAGAAGAUGAUGAUGAUGUAGUUUUUAUCGAACCUGUACAACCUCCGCAAAAUUCUACAUCACUGGUAGCAGAGCAAAGGAAUGCCGCAUUUACAUCAUCUAAAAAUGAAGAACUUAAAGGAAAUGAUUGCAAAAUGCUUCCUUCCCCCAAAGACUUGAAUUCUCGAAAGGGGAGUAUAAGUGAAACUAUUAUUAUUGAUGAUGAAGAAGACAUUGAAACAAAUCAAGGACAGGAGAAGAAUGCUUCCAGUUUUAAUGAACGAAGACUACCAGAGUGUAAAAAUAGAACCAACGAAAUGGAAUUCUCACCUUCCAGUUUUUCAAGAAGUAAGGUAAAUUCAGGAAUAGGUAAUAGUGGUAUAACCACAGAACCAGACUCUGAAAUUCAAAUUGCUAAUGUUACUACAUUAGAAAUAGGUGAUAUAAGCUCUGUCAGCGAUGGUCAUUUAGAAAAUGAUGCUGACAGGCAUGACAUGAACCUAAUGAUUACACAUGUAACGUCACUGCAGAAUGCCAGCUUGGGAGAUGUAUCUAACGGACGGCAGUCAGAUAAUUUUGAUGUUAAUUUGCAAACAUACACCCCAUCUUUGACUUCACAGACCAAGACUGGUGUAGGACCUUUCAAUCCUGGUAGAAUGAAUGUGGCUGGAGAUGUUUUUCAAAAUGGAGAAUCUGUGACUCAUCAUAAUCCUGAUUCUUGGAUAUCCCAGUCAGCUUCCUUUCCUAGGAAUCAGAAGCAACCAGGUGUGGAUUCCUUGUCACCUGUAGCAUCACUUCCUAAGCAAAUUUUUCAGCCUUCUGCCCAGCAACAGCCUUCUAAGCAGGUUAAAGUCACAUGUGCGAACUGCAAAAAGCCUUUACAAAAGGGACAGACCGCAUAUCAGCGGAAAGGAUCAGCUCACCUCUUCUGUUCCACUACUUGCCUCUCAUCAUUUUCACACAAACCUGCUCCAAAGAAACUUUGUGUCAUGUGCAGAAAAGAUAUAACAACAAUGAAAGGUACCAUUGUUGCUCAAGUAGAUUCAAGUGAGUCUUUCCAGGAGUUUUGCAGUACAUCGUGUUUAUCCUUCUAUGAAGAUAAACAGAAUCCCUCAAAAGGAGCCUUGAAUAAAUCAAGAUGCACGAUCUGUGGUAAACUAACUGAGAUUCGUCAUGAAGUUAGCUUUAAAAAUAUGACUCAUAAGUUGUGCAGUGACCAUUGCUUCAAUAGAUACAGGAUGGCAAAUGGUUUAAUUAUGAAUUGCUGUGAGCAUUGUGGAGAGUAUUUGCCCAGUAAAGGAGCUGGAAACAAUGUCCUUACUAUUGAUGGUCAGCAGAAAAGAUUCUGCUGUCAGAACUGCGUUGGUGAAUAUAAGCAGAAAUGUGGCCAAUUAACAUCUUGUACUGGCUGCAAAGCUCAGUGCAGGUUUUUUGACAUGACUCAGUGCAUAGGACCUAAUGGAUAUAUGGAGCCAUACUGCUCAACUGUAUGCAUGAACACACACAAAUCAAAAUAUGCAAAAUCACAAAGUGUGGAAAUUAUUUGCCACUUUUGUAAGCGAAACUCUUUACCUCAAUAUCAAGCCACAAUGCCUGAUGGAAAACUGUACAACUUUUGCAGUUCCAGUUGUGUAGCUAAAUUUCAGACUCUCAGUGUGCAGUCUUCAACAAAUGGUCAGUUCGUCUCUCCCAGUGAUAUUCAGUUGAAAUGUAAUUAUUGUAAAAGCUCUUUCUGUUCAAAACCAGAAGUACUGGAAUGGGAGAACAAAGUGUAUCAGUUCUGCAGCAGAGCAUGUUCUGAUGAUUAUAAGAAGCUGCACUGCAUAGUUACAUACUGUGAAUACUGUCAGGAAGAGAAAACGCUCCAUGAAACAGUGAAUUUCUCUGGUAUCAAAAGACCCUUUUGCAGUGAAGGCUGCAAGCUGCUAUAUAAACAAGACUUUGCAAGACGGUUAGGACUGAGAUGUGUUACUUGUAAUUACUGCUCACAGCUGUGCAAAAAGGGAGCAACUAAGGAACUUGAUGGUGUAGUGAGAGAUUUCUGCAGUGAAGAGUGCUGUAAAAAAUUUCAGGACUGGUACUACAAGGCUGUGCGGUGUGACUGUUGUAAGUCUCAAGGAGCCCUCAAAGAGAAGGUGCAGUGGCGCGGCGAGAUGAAGCAUUUCUGUGAUCAGCACUGUCUGCUCCGCUUCUACUGUCAGCAGAACGAGCCCAACCUGGCCACCCAGAAGGGACCCGAGAACCUGCACUAUGAUCAGGGCUGUCAAACCCCCCGGACAAAAAUAACAGGCUCAGCUCCACCACCUUCUCCAACACCUAACAGAGAAAUGAAGAACAAGGCAGUCCUUUGCAAGCCUUUGACAAUGACAAAAGCCACGUACUGUAAACCUCAUAUGCAGACAAAGUCUUGUCAGACAGAAGAUGAGUGGAAAAAAGAGUAUGUCCCAGUGCCUAUUCCUGUACCAGUCUACGUUCCGGUGCCUAUGAACAUGUAUAGUCAAAAUGUUCCUGUUCCUACCACGGUUCCUGUUCCUGUGCCAGUUCCAGUUUUUUUGCCCACUUCUCUGGAUAGCACUGAGAAAAUCCUUGCAGCAAUAGAAGAGCUGAGGGGAAAAGUCUCCUCAGAUCCUCUGGAAUCUGAGCUACUGAACUUGUCAGGGGUGAUACCCGAACAUGUUGGAAAAGCUGAAGCUUCUGAUGUGGCCAGUGUGGUAGUUGCCUCAAAUCUCCUAAACUCGGAGUCACGGACAAGCUUGCCUGAUGUUCCAUAUGAGCCAGACCUUGAUAUUGAAAUAGACUUUCCAAGAGCAACUGAGGAGCUUGAUACAGAAAAUGAGUUUUUAUUACCUCCUGUUUUUGGUGAAGAAUAUGAGGAACAGCCAAGGCCUCGUUCCAAAAAGAAGGGUGUGAAGAGGAGAGCCGUGUCGGAGUACCAGUCGCACGAUGACAGCUCCGAGAACUCCGAGUGCAGCUUUCCCUUCAAGUACGCCUAUGGGGUGAACGCCUGGAAGCACUGGGUAAAGUCCCGGUAUUUAGAUGAAGAGCUGCCAGAGUUAGAGGAACUGAAGUCAAUAAAGUCUGUGAAAUUAAAGGAAGAUCUAUUAUCACAUACUUCAGCUGAGUUAAACUAUGGGCUGACACAUUUUGUCAAUGAAAUUCGAAGGCCUAAUGGAGAGAACUAUGCACCUGACAGCAUCUAUUAUCUGUGUCUUGGAAUUCAGGAGUAUUUAUAUAGAAGUAAUCGAAAAGACAACAUAUUUAUUGAUCCAAUCUACCAGACAUUUGAAAAGGAAUUAAAUAAAAUCCUUCGAAGUUGGCAGCCAAGCAUACUUCCAGAUGGAUCAAUAUUCUCUCGAGUUGAAGAAGAUUACCUUUGGAGGAUUAAACAGCUAGGAUCACAUUCACCUGUUGCUCUUUUGAAUACUCUGUUCUACUUUAACACUAAAUAUUUUGGCCUGAAAACAGUGGAGCAGCACUUAAGACUUUCUUUUGGCACUGUUUUUAGACAGUGGAAGAAAAAUCCUCUAACAAUGGAAAGCAAAGCUUGUCUUCGAUAUCAAGUGUCUUCCCUCUGCAGAGCUGAUAAUGAAGAUAAAAUUACUACUGGAAAAAGGAAACAUGAAGAUGAUGUGCCAGUAUUUGAACAAAUUGAAAACACAUCUGAUCCAGCUAGAUGCCCUGUGAAAAUGUUUGAGUGCUAUCUGUCUAAAAGCCCACAGAAUCUGAACCAGAGGACAGACAUGUUCUAUCUGCAGCCUGAGUGCUCAGUGUCAGCAGAGAGCCCCAUCUGGUACACUGCCACUUCCCUGGACCGCAACACUUUGGAAAAUAUGCUCGUACGGGUUCUUUUAGUAAAAGAUAUUUAUGAUAAAGACAAUUAUGAACUGGAUGAAGACAUAGAUUAAAACAAACUUCCAAAAACUGUCAAGACAACAAACAGCAUUAGAUAUAGUCAUGCUGCUAGACCUUUACUAUGGAAAACAUUUCAAGUUUACCCUUUGUUUUAUGAGUUUUGUAGCAGUGUGUGCCCUCACCUGGGUAUUACCAUGUAAAUAGUUUGUGAGUGAAAGUCUCCAUUAUUCUGCCUAGUGGUUUUAGGAUACAUAACAAACACAUUUCAGAUUCUUUUUUUAUUAUUUAUUUGAUUAGGUAUGUUUGUAACUUUUUACAUUGCAAAAUAUGAAUGAGAAUGUGCCAUGUGUAAUUUUUUUCCCCUUGUAGUAAAAUACAUCCAUGUUGCACAACUCUGCUGUUGGAAGCUCCCUUGGAGGAAGCUCUUUUAAUGGCUUCUUAAACCAGAUGGUUGUGUUUGGGUAGCACUACUAAAGUUUAGAACUUGCUGUGUCUUUCAGAAUUUUUAAAUAAAUUGUAAACUAAUAGGUUUUUUACUUCUUAGUUACUGAAGCCUUAUAAGGUUAUGUAGAGAGAUUCCAUCUUAUGUACCAAAAAUAGACAAGAGAAUGCUGUCAAUAUUGGUGUACUGUAAUGUGAAUCUAUUCUGGUGAAAACACUUUUUUG